GGGGCAACUGUACGGAAUCAAGUUGCGCCGAUUCAUUUUAGAGCUGUAUUUACAUGGAAGGGUAUCAUUUCUUUAGGUUGCUGACCGUAAUAGUAGUUUCGAACGACAAGAGUUUCUGAAUAGGGCCUUGUCUGUCUGCAAGGUUAACAGCGUAUUCUAUGACUUAUAAACUUCACUGCGCAGCGUAAGAAUGGAACGUUCUUCAUCAGCCCAUCGGUUUAGGAACUCCUACAAACGAGAUAGCCAUAGUAGAGUCUACAGAAUGCAUAAAAGUCAUUCCUCAACCCCCAUCCUCCCUACCUUCACCAUGCUGCAGGAUGAGAUCAGAGCUUAGUGCUAGAGAAUUAACCAGGCUGGAAUGGGGUUGUGGGUAAUUAGAAGUGACAGCUGUCAAACUUAUCCAUCGACGAUCCCGAGGAUGCCGAGCUGGCCUACACCAUGCGGGACCUGCCUCCGCGGGCAGGGGGGCACACGUUCCCCCGCGACGUGCCCAUCAAGGAAGGCAGCAGUCGCCCGCACACGCCCGGGACCCCGACUCGCGCCAGCGGCUCCAUGGGCCGGAACUACCUGGAGACGGAGCUGGAGGGCCUGCGGAGGUCCCAGCUGAGCUCCAUGAGUUCCCUGGACUCAACCAUGAGCCCCUCGCGCUCCAAAAGCCCCUGGGGGCGAUAUGACCCCUACGACUCCGCUGAGGACCAGGAUAAGGAAUAUGUAGGUUUCGCUACACUGCCAAAUCAAGUGCAUAGGAAGUCUGUGAAAAAAGGCUUUGCUUUCACGCUGAUGGUGGCAGGAGAGUCAGGACUGGGAAAAUCAACUCUUGUGAACAGCCUCUUCCUCACAGACCUUUACCGAGACAGGAAGCUGCUGAAUUCUGAAGAGAGGAUCAUGCAGACAGUGCAGAUCACCAAGCACACGGUCAGCAUUGAGGAGAAGGGGGUCAAGCUGAGGCUAACCAUCGUAGACACACCGGGCUUUGGAGAUGCUGUCAACAAUACAGAGUGCUGGAAGACAGUGGAGGACUACAUUGACCAGCAGUUUGAGCAGUACUUCAGGGACGAGAGUGGACUGAACAGGAAGAACAUUCAGGACAACCGCGUGCACUGUUGCCUUUACUUCGUCUCCCCCUACGGCCAUGGUUUGAGGCCACUGGACAUUGAGUUCAUGAGGGCCCUCCAUGGCAAAGUCAACAUCGUACCUGUCCUAGCCAAGGCAGACAGUCUCACUCCAGCUGAAAUCAGGAGGAAAAAGACAAAGAUCCGGGAGGAGAUCGAGCAGCUGGGGAUCCGCAUCUACCAGUUCCCUGACUGUGACUCGGAUGAGGAUGAGGACUUCAAGCAGCAGGAUCGAGAACUCAAGGAAAGCUUACCAUUCGCAGUGAUAGGCAGCAACAUGCUCUUUGAGAGCAAGGGCCGAAGGUUCAGAGGCCGCAUGUAUCCAUGGGGUGUCGUGGAAGUGGAGAAUCCUUCUCACUCGGACUUCCUGAAGCUCCGGAACAUGCUGGUGCGCACUCACAUGCAGGACCUGAAGGACGUGACCCGGGAGACCCACUACGAGAACUACCGCGCCCAGUGCAUCCAGAGCAUGACCCGCAUGGUGGUGAUGGAACGCAAACGCAGCCUGUGUAGCCGACUGAGGGAGAGUGUCUCUGACAUCCCAAUCCCGCUGGUGCCCGUGGACAGUGAGACGGAGCGGCUGAUCUGGGAGAAGGACGAAGAGCUGCGGCGGAUGCAGGAGGUUCUUCAGAGGAUCCAGGAGCAGAUGCAGAUCGCCCACAAAGAAGGGUUCUAGACACUCCCUCUUACAUUUAACCCAUCACCAAGUGUCCGCUCACUAGCGCAGACAUAAUGGUAGGGCUAGAGAGACAACUGGUUUGGCAUAGAGGGAAACACUUGUUUUUGACAGAAUUAAAGAUCAGGACACACAAACUACUCUCAUACCUACUUAAACACUGGUUGUGAGAAUCCAUGCACCACGUGAAAUAACAGGCAGUUACAACUAGGGCUGCAACAAUGAAUUGUCAGUCAAACAACUUAUCGUCAAUUAGUUGUCAGCUGUUGAAUUAAUCACCAACUAUUCAGGUAACCAAUCGCUUCAUAGGGGAUGAACAAUUUUAUCUCAGAUUCCAGUUUCUUAAUCCUGAACAUUUUGUGGUUUACUCACUGCUUUGUGACGGUAAAUUUUAUGUCAGUAGCAUGUGGACAAAAACAUGGUGUUUGAAGACCCUCUCCCUCAGGCUUUAGCUUUAGAUCUUUGGCUUUAGUAGCCUGGGUAUACCCAAACGAAUCUGCAAGCAGGUCAAUGACGUGACCUGCAGAUGACUGUGUCUGACUCUAUUACUUUGGUUUAGAAUAAUUUUAAAUGAUUCAUAACAAGCAUAAUUUUAUUCUAUAAAACCUGUAUAAUUUGAACAUAUUUUCUGUUUAUCAUACAGAUUAUAUAUAUUUUAUGUUCUGUCAUCUCAAACCCUCAAAAUGUUAGGUUGGGCAACCGUCUCAGCAAAUUAACACUAUGAAAAGUAUUACACAUAGAAUUUAAAAGGUAAGGAAGUUAAAAAUAAAUAUAGGGGCAUACUUUUAUGUUGAAGUUUGAUAGCUCUUAAGUUGUUUGCAUAUCUGACAUGUUGGGGUGGUGCAACUGCAUUCAUAGAAUGUUUAUUUUGAAUUCAAAAGGAAAAACAGUAAACAGGAUAUUGCCUCAUCAAGAGGACCCCAAGUGACCUUUACUGAUGAAUGAAAAGUUUGUAAAUUUCUCUCAAAAAUGGAUAGAAAAAAAUGCUAGUGGUUCAACCAAUGUAAAUCUAAGGAAAAGUUAUUUGAAUAGAAAACUCUUUAUUGUAAUGGAAACUGGAAUGGAUAAACUUGCUAGAAAAGUCAAAAGGUCAUAUACUCUAGGUGUCCAAGAAGAUUAGUAGCAAAAGUCAAGAGGUGCAACCACAUCAUCAGGUGGUGCAACCAUGUAAAAUAUUACUUUAAACCAAGAAAUAGUAGAUUAAAGUGAAUACAUGGUUGUAAAACAUGUUGUACCUAAUAAUGUACUUCUUUUGCCACUUGACAAAUUUUGGAUGGUGAAAUUGCAAACACAUAUAUACAGUAUAAGCCUAAAAAUUUAUUAAAACAUGUAAAUGUUGCGCAGCAUUACAAACACAGUCCUCUAACUUAAAAAAAUGCAUUCUGUCCAUUUUUCAAGAUGAUUUUGGAAAAAAAAGUUAAUUAAAAGCCUUAUUUGUCAAUGACCCAAGCACAUUGCAAAGCCAUCUGUCACUGAAAACCAGUCACAACCACUUGUCUGGCAAGGAGUUUGCUUUAUGCAGUGACUGACAGAGUAUGGUUAGGAGCACUGUUGAAUACAACCAAUGUCUACUCUGCACUGAUGCUGUCAGUAUUAAAUGCCUUGUAUUGUCUUCCUUGAAUGAGUAAACAGCGUUUAAAACCUGUUUACAAGAGAAAAAAACGGAAUAAAACAAAUAAACACUUUAUCUUAUGAGCUAGUCUAAGCUUUUGGGAAACACUAAUCAACAUUUUUUUCUCACAAUUUUUGUAACAAUUGAUCAACCAAACAACUAAUCAAGAAAUACUCUGCAGAUUAAUGCAUUACAAAAAUGUAGUUUAGUUAGUUGCAGCCCUAAUUAAGGCAGUCCCAGUUGCAGCCCACUUGAAGGCAGUCCCAGGAUUUAUACAAAGGCUUUUUGGUUUGGUGAGAGUAUAAAUGAUGAAGUCUUCUAAGGACAGUCAUAGUGAUUGCCUCAUGCCAACACAGGGUCUCUAUGCACCUGUCCAUCAAAAGGAAUAGGAAUGAGCUUGUGAGUCAGUGAGCCAGUGCCAGGUUGUGAAAUUGUUCAAUUGGCUUCCUGAAAUAUCUCACCCCUGUGGGCCAUGUUUUAUAUUUGUCAGUUGCUGUGUCGGCAUUCAAGAACACGCUAAUAUGGUACUAGAGAGCAAUGUUUUGUCCAUCUCCAUUUUUACCAGAGGACAAAUAGGAUAACAAUGGUCAUGUUUAUGUUUUUAUGUUUAUUUCUUUAAACAUUUUUAUAUAAAGUUAUUGGUAGCAUUUUUAGAUCUCCCUCCACUGUCAGUGUCUUUACAGUUUAAGCCUACAAGAUUGCUUUAGAGGAGAUCAAAUGUUAUUCCACAAAUGCUAAUUCAA